AUGAAGUUCUCUCUCGUCACUUUCGCCGCCGGCGCCGCCGCCAUGGUCAACAACGGCACACACGGCAACGGCGACAAGAACGGCACCAUUCACACCUACACCACCGUCGUUACUGCCUACACCACCUACUGCCCUGGCCCUACUCUGAUUCCCGUCCACGGCAACAAGACUCUCACCGUCACCAAGGCCACCACCCUGACCAUCACCGACUGCCCUUGCACCAUCGUCACCAGCGGCACCCACCUGCCUCCUCCCGCCACCCACCUGCCUCCUCCUCCUCCUCCUCCUCCUCCCGGCACCAAGAACCCUCCCCCUCCUCCUCCUGGUACCAAGAACCCUCCUCCUGGUACUCAGAACCCCCCUCCUGGCACGCAGAACCCCAACCCUCCUGCUACCCAGAACCCCAACCCUCCUGCCACCCAGAACCCCAACCCUCCUGCUACCCAGAACCCCAACCCUCCUGCCAGCACUCAGAACCCCCCCGUCGUCCAGCCCACCGGCACCAACCCUCCCACCGUCACUGCCGGUGCUGGCCGUCUCGGUGCUGGCGCUGGCGCUCUGGCUCUCGCCGCCGCCGCUGCCCUGGCUCUGUAA